AUGUCCGAGGAUGGAGUGACCUUCAAGAUCCAGUCGCUCUUCUAUCAAGGAGCAUACGGCAGUGCCAUAGCACUAGCAUCGAGCAACACUUCAGGCUCGCCAUCGUCCGAGCCGACCCUCACGCGCCUGCUCUACGCAGCAAGGUCUCACAUCGCCUCCAACAAUCCUCGAGGCGCCUUGUCCUUGUUGCCCGCAGAUGUAGCAUCUUCUAGCGCAGCUGCUCGGUCCGUGCGAGCUUUGGCCGCCUUCGUGGAGGCGCGUAGUCAGGGAGAUGUCAGUGGAGCGGAUGAGAAUUUGGCAGAGUUGAGAGAAACACUCGACGAUGCGGUUGUGGGCGACCCUUCGGGCCAGACUAUUCGCGUCUGCGCUGCUACCGCCAUGGCACUGGAUGAUGACCCCAUCGGCGCGUUGGAGACUCUGGGCAUCGGAACAGCGAGCUCCAGAGAGAUCGAAUGGUGAGUGCUAUGGAUCAAGGAAAAUGCUGAGCAUCUGCGGUGCGAAGCUGCGAUCAAUCCUACAUUUGUACGCGCGGGGUCGGGCUCAGAAGAUCAGCUUCCCUGCGUGCACAUCAAUCAAAAUUGCUUGCUCCACAGACAUGGCACUGACACUUGUAUAUCUCUCCGCUCACGCAGCAUUGCACUGGGCGUGCACAUCUUGCUUUCACAGCACCGAGCUGAUCUAGCAGAGAAAGAAUAUCAAGCCGCUCGCACCUGGGCAGACGACAGUUUGCUCAUUCAGCUCAUCGAAGCGUACAUAGGCCUUCACACUGGUGGCAGAUCUGCUCAGCAGGCUUACUACGUGUACGACGAAUUGGCGCAAAACCCUGAGCAUGUGGGCAAAGACGCAAGCGUGAAUCCACUCGUUGGAAAGGGUGUUGCCCAGCUCGUGCUUGGCCAGAGGAACGAGGCCACACAAGUGCUUGCCGAUGCUGAGAAGCUUGUGGGUACGAGUGCAGAGAGGCUCUUCAGGAACGUUUUGUUUGACGCUGAUAAGGACUCAUGCUUGCUCACAAUGCAGGAUCCAAACAAUGUGGACCUGCUUGCCAACUCGGCAGUCCUCGCUUCCUAUUCGGCCUCUCCUGCUGGAUAUUUUGGUCGCCUUGAGUGAGUGCAGUGCCUGCGGAGCAAAAUCAGUGUUGAUAUUCGAAAUCCCGAAGACUGACUUUCAUCGCGCCCAAACCAAUAGACAACUGCGAAGGGUAGCUCCCAGCCACGCUCUCGUCACUUCUGCAGACGAAGCUGCUCAAGCUUUCGACUCUGCAUUUGUCAAGCACCAAGAAGCUCAGGCCGCUCUUUGA